AUGCAGCUUUCUUCUACUUUCGCCGUUCUCGCUGCUUUCGUGACCGCUGCUACCGCCUUGCCUUCGAAGGUCAGCUCCACCGACUCGUUCGGCGCCGUUUACAUGAUCACCAACGACCUCGACGCCAACUACGUUGUUGCGGCCGAGAUCGGCCAGGAUGGUCUUCUUAGCAACCUGAACUCGGUGUCUGCGCAGGGCUCCGGUGCCCAGGGUCAGCCCAUCAACCUCGGUCCGCUCUUUUCCCAGGGACCCGUUGAGGUUAACCAGGCUACUGGUCGCCUCGCUGUCGUCAACGCCGGUUCGAACACCUUCCAGAUCUUCGACAUUGACCCCGAGAACCCGACGCAGCUGACUCCGGUCGGCGAUGCCAUUGAGUCCAAGGGUGACUUCCCCGAGUCUCUCGCUUGGAACACUCGCGGCGACAAGCUCUGCGUGCUCAACGGUGGCGUUGAUUCGAGCAUCCAGUGCUACACUGUCGACGAGGACGGUGCCGCCACCUGGGCCUCUACUGGCGCCAUCUCCGGCUACAACCAGACCGCCAACCCCCCGACUGGUCCCCCUGGCACUGUGUCCCAGGUUCUGUUCACGCCUGACCAGGAGAACGUCAUCGGUAUCGUCAAGGGUCUGCGCACCGACUUCGACACCUACCCCGGCUACUUCCGUGUUUGGGACAUUGAUGACAACGCCGUCCUCGGCGACUCUCCCACCACCAUCGAGAUCCGCCCUCCCUACGGUGGCCUGACCUUCUCGCUCUCCCAGAUCCCUGGCCGCGAGGCAUACGUCGGCUCGGACGUCGUCAACGGCGCUCUCGUUGUCGACAUGACCAACGGCGUUGAGACCACCGUCAUCAAGCCCCUUACGCUCCCCAACAACGCCGGCAACUGCUGGUCCGUCGCGGCGCCCAAGACCGGCACGUACUUCGUCAGCGACUUGCUUGCCAGCUACAUCAACGAGGUCAAGGUCGACGAAGACCUCAACCCCUCACUCGUCAGGCAAUACGACGUCGCUGGUGCUGGUCCCAACGAGGCUGUCGUUGCGGACGUGAACGGCCAGGAGUUCCUUUACAUCAUGCACCAGGCCAACUCUAGCUUCGGAGUCUGGCGCCUCGACGGCCCGGGCGAGGCCGAGCUGGUACAGCUCUUGAACAUCACGAUCCCCAUUGAGAACCAGGGCACCAACGUCGACUACAUUCUCCUCUCGGGCAUGAGCAUCUACCUCAAGGAGUAG